CAGUGUUUCCCAUUCGGUUUUCCUCACCACCGGCGAAAACGUCCACCGGAAAGUGCGCGAACACGUGAAAAGUCCCAUUUUCCAAAACUAGUGCAGUUGGUGUCCCACUUGAAUAAAAAAAUUAACUUGACUCUAAACCAACCCCCGGAUGAAAAAUUAGGUGUCCGGAGCAAACUAAUGUCGCUGUGCCGAAAACGCAUCAAUCAUUUUUAUUUAUCUACGGGUUAAAUUGAUCCACGCAUUUUACGCAAAACUUUUCUAUUCGAAAAGUUGGGGUGUUUAUCAUUCUUCAGAAAGCUGAUAAAUUUGGUAAACUGUCGCCCGGAGUUUUAGCAAGUUGGGGAAAAGUAACAGUGGGUGUCUUCGUUAUGUAAGGAUAAUGUAAAAUUCCGCGGACACGAUGAAAAGUAUGUUAGUGCUAGCGUUUGUGGCCAUCAUCGCGUUCUGCGGCGGUUUCACAGCUCCAGCUUGCGUGUGCGAUAAAAGGGAAUGCGAGAUCGUCAACGAAGUGGACUGUCCUGGGCUCGGAAUUGUCGUUUGGGACCCUUGCAAAUGCUGUCAAGAAUGUGCCCGAACAGAAGGAGAACCUUGUGGCGGAGACCUAGGUUUCAGUGGGACCUGUGAACCUGGGUUAUCAUGCCAGCAACCAGGACCGUCGCCCAGUGAAGGCAUUUGUAGACCUAUCAUUUUUGAUAAUCACGAAGACACGUGAAAAAUGCUUUUCCUCGUUGUUUUCAUUUUGUUGCAGCACGAAGACCGUGAUUGGAAAAUACGAGCUGACAUGAACUCGAACAGUGAAAAAUUCAAAGGCAAUGGAUGGCUGAAGUUAAGAACUGCAAUAUGAAAACAAAAUAAAAGUGUAUAGUGUAAUUCAAGAUGGAGAAGUUUCGGAGGGAAACAUAAACGAAAUGACAAUGAGAGAGACUAUGGACUCAGUUUUAGUUUAUUGCUACUUGUGACUGCAGAACGGCAAGAUCAUCGUGUAAAUUUGUGACAAUACAUUUAGUAUUUAAAGCAAAUCAAAACAUUGUAAGUAAAUUAUUAAAUUUGGUAGCGUUUGUGUUUGUGGAUAUGUAAUCAAUAAAUUGUUUUAUUUAUUUA